AUGCCCAAGCGAUGUAGAGAGCCCUGGUCAUCAGAUCUCCUUUCUGCAAAGCGCACUCGGAAAGAUGGCUCUGUGGAUCACUUGUCUUGCUUGAGCGAUGAGCUCCUGCUCCAUAUCUUAUCCUUGCUUCCAAUAUCAUCACUGAAUGUGUGUCAAAGGUUAUCCCAUCGUUUCCAUGCCCUUAGUGGGGACUCGGAGCUCUGGAAAAGACAGUAUUAUUCGCAGUGGGUGCGACCGCAAGCCCAUCGACUGGCAAAUCUUCGGCGUACUACACUUUCAGCCAAGACAGAAUACUCACCAAAGGUUUCCACUUGGCUUGGCCAUGGCCACUUGGCUGAAGCAAAAGUUACGAACUGGAAAAGGCAGUAUCGUCUUCGGCAUAACUGGUCCAAGGGACUCUGUCGUAUGACACAGGUUGAAUUUCCAAAGCCACAGUGCCCAGAACUGGUCAAGUUAUGUGCCGGGCUUGUCCUUACAGCAGACAACACUUAUGGACUUCGGGCCUGGACGGCCAAAGACCCGGCCGCUUGUGUGGCAAAAGUUGCAUUCUCUGCAGAAUCGAGGCUGUCUGGUGUAGCUCCAACAGCUCUGGCAGUGAGCCAGGUUCUUCAUGAGCUCGAGAUUGUGGUAGGAUUUGACAACGGCUGCAUCAGCCUCUAUACCCUGGAUCUCCGAACAUCCCAGUUGAGUUUGCGGACCUCCUAUGUCGGGUCCAGUGAUGGAGCCAUCACCGCAAUAGCCUUGUCCUCGCCAUACCUCUUGAUGGUUUCCCAGUACAAGAUUCUGUCGCUGUACAACCUGCGCCCUGGAUCUCAGCGAGCAGGGAAAGCCGGCGCAGCCAAGGAGCCUCGCCAGAUUGCCUCUCUUCGGGCAGAUAACAUUGUUGCACCGGUGAAUUUGUCCCUUCGAGUUUCUCCUUUCGAAAUAAUUGCAACCAUUGUGUAUAGUUUCUUCCACAUUGGAUGCGGGUGGUCCUUGGGGAUCCAAGAACUGCGGUUGGACAAAGACGGCCAACAACUUGGCUCACGACUUGCCACCACGGUAGACUCUCAAUAUGGAACGAGGAUUAUACCAGAUCCAUCACCAGAAGGCAAGCGACGUUCGGCAGAGACUCAAAAUCGCCAGAACCUCGACAAUCCCGGGGUGCCAUCUAUAUUGCAUCAGCAUCCACCGACCUCGAUGGCUUAUUCGCAUCCGUAUUUGCUGACCUCCCACGCGGACAACACAUUGACUAUGUACCUUGUGGUGUCUACGUCUGGUCAUCUGUUUGUUCGAGGUGGCCAGCGGCUGUGGGGGCACACUUCCUCUGUAUCGGCCGUGCAAGUCACCAAUCGCGGGAAAGCCGUCUCCGUGAGCUCCCGGGGCGAUGAAAUCCGAAUCUGGGAGCUUGAAAUGGCCAUUUCCUCAUUAGGCACUCGCAAGCCUUUAAAGGAAGAGAACAGCAUUCAGGUCAGCCCCGGCAAUCAACCGCACACUGCAUUAGGGCUAGACGAUAUGUCUGAGUCCAUCUGCUCGCCCAACAGACCAGACCCAAUCCCCGCCACGCCUCCAGAGUUAUCACGGAUGCACAGCUGUGUGGGAUUUGAUGAUGAGCGAGUCCUUUUGCUUCGCGAGAAGAUCGGCACGCAACUACUUGAAUGUUAUGAUUUCACGUAG